UAAUCGACUGAGCCACCCAGGUGACCCUUGAGGCUUUCUUUUAGUCAAGUGUUUAUAACAGAUAGUGAUGCCUUAAGGGGUUUUAACUUAUGGCAAGUUCACAUUUGUUUGUACCCUGUAGGGUUUUCAGCAAAAUGAAAUAAAGUGAUAGAUCAUAAGACACCCAUGAUCUGAAUACAAAUGCGUUGAACAGAGCCGCGUUGGGGAGGCUGCAUGGACAUGUGGAGGGAACACUGGAGCUUUGGAAGUGUCCGGUCAUGCUGGUCAUGCUGUACUUUCCCCUUUAGCCCUCAUCUAGGCGGGACAAAGGUCUCUCUCCACCGAAGACGGGGAAAUGUUUUCCUCCUGGAUGGUUUUGUUGAGGGAGGGGAUGGUGAGGACGGAAGUGGGCUUCUCGUGGGGUAUCCGGCCGGGCCUGGCCCCGUGGGAGACAGGAUGCAGGCGAGCAGCCCCCCAGCCCCCUCUCAUCGGGCUGUUUCCUAUUUUCAGAGUAUAUGUGCUGGCCUGUGUGGUGCAACAGUCGUAAAUGCAUUGUCCGCAAAUCUAAACUGGGGCGGGAGGAAACGCCUGGCCUUUAUGAUAUGUCUGUCUUCUUAUUCGCUGAGACUGUUGUUUGGGGGAGAUAAUAAACAUGGAGAGAUAGGGUUUUCGGAGAUCUGUGUGGAAAAAACUCUCCUGAUGACAUCUGAAGCAGGACGCAGCUCUGCCACUGCAAACCUCAGCUUGCCCCCGGCUCUUCUGCUCUGCUUCCCUCCUUCCCUCAGGGUCCUCCCAGUUGUCCAUGGCUCACUGGGAUUGCCCUUGACCCCUCCCCAGGGGCCCCGCCCCCUUGCCUCAGUUGGGCACAGCUCUGAAGGGCCAUCCCCACUCCAGGGCACCCCAGGGGACCAGCCGCAGCCUCUGGUAUGCCUGCACCACAAGGCCGCCCCUCCCUCUCCCAGCCCUGCUUCCCCAACUCCACGACAGGGGAGGGCCUGAGCUGACGUGCUGCCAUCACAGCCAUGUCAGAGGCAGGUCUGGACCAGAAGGGGGUGUUUCUCCAGAGCCGGCGAGCCCCGGAGACCAGCACUGCUCCCAUCCAGAGGUGCAGGGACCUCACGGGGACUGAGUACGCUGGAGCCCUGGGGACGGUGGGAAGACCCCUCGCUCAUUCAAGACUGCUCUACUUGGGGGCGCCUGGGUGGCUCAGUGGGUUAAGCCUCUGCCUU